AUGUCCGACUUAUUUGCCACGUUUAGCAAUGAUGUGGCCAAAUGGCUUAACGUAACAAAGCUGCGUCCUGUCACACAUUUUGGAGAAGCAAAUAAAUUCCGCCAGUUUGCGAUACUGCAGAAGGUUGAUCACUCAUGGAUUUUGAAAUCUGAUUAUAUUCCAGUUGGAUAUUCCCUACCGCAGAUUUUAGAGCCAAAUUUUCCAGUCCCAGAGUCUGAAGUGUCAGGUCGCUUCUCCUUCGAACACGCUGUCUUCCACAGACUGAAGGUUACUGCGGAUGUCAAUGCUAAUGCCAUUGUCGAAGGAAGUUUGUCAGGAACGUAUAAAAAGGACUGUGAAUAUGACGUCAAGGUUAACUGUAUUAGCGUUCCAACUCCAAAACUGGAAAGUCUUCAAAACAGGAAACUUCUGGAUAAGCAGCCAUCAUUUGUGAAGAAUUGCCAAAUGGGAGAGAAGAAGUUGUAUGUGGUGACAGAUAUCUAUGAAGUGACUGAAGACAUUAAGCUGGAAAGCAAAAGCCAUUUCGGCCAGUCAGGAAAACUGAGCAUCCCUAAGGCUAAAAUGGAGGAAGAGUAUGAAAAGGUGAUAAAGACAUCAUUUCUUAUCGAAAAGGGUACAGUGGUGGCCUACAAGAAGAGUCGACUGAUCAUUGAGAAUGACACUUGUGGCAAGUUUCAGACCUCAGAACAUCUCUAUGAAUAUAAUGCAGAACAAUGCAAGAUUGCCAGACUAAGAGUGGAUAAGGACCGGCCAGCUACCAUUCGUUUGUAUGAUGGUCCUAAGAAGAAAGGUUUAGCAGGUAAAAUGACAAACUGGCUAAGAAGUUUCAGAACCUCAGACAAGAGUGACGUACUCUAUUCUUCAAGGAUUCUGAUAGAGUCAUAUCCUGGAAGUCAUCUAGCUUGUCUUCUCUCUCUAGGAAAGAUAGAAGAACCUUACCAUCAAGAUUUCAAGCGCCUACAAAAUGAGGUUUCCCAGAAAACAGAGAAACUGGCCAUGCUUCCAAAGGAUGUUCAAGAAGAUGUGUUCUCUAGCCUGCUGCUCAUGCUCAGUAAGAGGCAGAUUCUGUAUGACCUGAUGAUCAUGCUGGAACUGGAUCAGUUGGGGCAUAUGGAUGGCCCAGGUGAUGUGAUUCUAGAUCAGCUGCGACAGGACUCCAUACCCUCAUGGAUUGACUUCAGGAACCUCAUUCUUUAUCUUCUUCAAGCCCUAAUGGUGCUGAGUGAUACCCAACUCAAGCUGCUGGCCCAGUCUAUGGAGAAGAGGCUCCUCCUCCAUCAACGAGAGCUGGUAAAGAGCAUCCUGCAGCCAAACUUCAAGUAUCCCUGGAACAUCCCCUUCACUCUCCAGCCUCAGCUUCUUGCCCCACUCCAGGGUGAAGGCUUGGUCAUUACUUAUGAAUUGCUGAAGGAGUGUGGUCUGGAGAUGGAGCUGAAUAAUCCCAGGUCAACUUGGGAUCUGGAAGCCAAGUUGCCCCUGUCUGCCCUUUAUGGGAGCCUGUCAUUUCUGCAGCAACUUGUAGAAGCCUAA